AUGACAAGAUAUGGUUAUAUGGAGCAAAUGAAAGGAUAAUCGUUAUCAGCAACAGCAAGAAGCAUAAAUCCCAGGCCAGCAAGAUCAAGCUCAGAGAAUUCAUUAGCUCUAUUACCGACAACGAAAUACAAGCCACAGAAGUCCCACAUUCUUAUCUAUGUGAGUUUCUUAGUCACAAAGGAAACCACGCGUGUGAAUAGUGUCUGGCCACAUCUCCGGAUAAUGGGUCCCGUGCCAGCAAUAAUUGGAGAGGAUCCAAAUGCAUGAGUUAGGGGAAUACUCACCUACACAUUAUGAGUUAGGUUGUCCUAAGGGUGUCCUGUAAGGCUAUAUAAGCCAAGUUAUGUUUCAUUUGUAACCACGCUUGUCAAAAACCAUCUACUCUAAGAUAAGUUUUGUAUCCUAACUAUGAGUGAGUAAACUCUCUUCGUCCGAAGGGAGUAGAGUCAUGAAUCUUUGAGGAUUAUACCUCGAGAAUCAAGUUUGUUAUGUGUGUAAACCUAUUAUCAGUGCAAUAAAGAAGUCAUACUUCCUUGAGAUCAUUUGGCUUAUUUCUGGUAUCUCUCUAUCAGCAAGGUCUUUUGGCAUUGGCCAUAACGUCUUGAGUUAUCCUAAAUCUUCAAAAGAGGGUUUCAACCCGAUUUGUCAACUUGAAAGAGUGCUCGCUGAAAGUUCCUUUGAUUUGGCCUGUGUGUAGCUGUGAUUCAGGGCGGUAUUGAGCUUGAAAGACAGAGGUGGCUACUAGCUGAAGAAAGGAGUUCAAUCUCAAGCAAUCACUGAGAGAGAAGAAGAAGCUUUCUGCGGAAGCCGUGUUGGGCCAUUUAUCUUAAUUCUGGAACCAAGAAUUGUCUUCCAGACACCCUCACACGAGAAUUAGCAUUGAUUGACAAGUGUGUGCCAGUUAUUACUCUUUGUGAAUAUGCAGGUAUGGAGUCAAUCAAAGAUCUCAUCUCUCUCGCUAUGCGAAAGAUGGAUGAAGCACAGCAAGAUACUAGAAGAGCCUACGAGCUCAUGAAUCAGCUGGAAACAGCAAAAGAAAAUAGUAAUUCGGUACCAAAAUAUACGAGCGCGUUAGCUCAAGGUGAUCUCCAAGGUAUCUUUCAAGAUACUGAGUCACCCGUUGGGGAACGUAAAACCAACUUCGAAGGAAGUAAAACUACAAAGCAGGAUUUAAAUCUGAAAGAUAUGAAAGUGGAAGAAAUUCCCAAGAAUACAAAUAAGCAGGAAUUUAUUCCUCAAGAUUUUAUGCAGGUGUUGCACCUCUCUAGUCACCCGGACUGGAUUGACCCGAGUUUUCGUCCCAAAACAUCUCUUCUCCGAAACAAAGAGAAAAAGGUCGUGGAAGAAAACAUCAAGCAGCUUCCUCAAGAAGCUCAAGACAAGAUUCUGACCCUUGCAAAUCAGAAUGUAUUCGAAGAAGCCUUCCUCAAAUGGAGCAAGUUCGUUACUACAAAUGAUAUCAUUAAGGAUCAUCUUGAUUCAGAAUGGUUUAUUAGUGACGAUGGUGGAAAUCAUAGCCGAGCAGCACUUCUACAAGGCAGUCCUCCAGACAUAGCCAGUGCCUUGUUCGAGAAUGGUUUAGUCUCUGUUAUCUACCCUGAGAAAGAUCUUUCAGAACUCAGAUAUAUGCCAGAUAUCAUAAAAUCUGCAGCACGCAGUUUUAUACGAGGAACAGGUUAUGGAGAAAUCUAUAUCCGAUUCUACUCAACAAUUCCCGAAUGGGAUAAAGAAGUUAACAUCCAUUAUCCUAGUUAUCAUUUAGCUUGGAUUGGAGUUCGAUCUGAAAAUUAUGGAAAACCUCUCAUCAACCAAAAACGCGAAUUCUCAUCAGACAAGGCGUUAUCAGGUUUAUCCAAAAGAAGAGCAAAAGACUUUUGCCUUAUAAAAGAAGUCAUCUCCGGAAUACUUGAGAAUGACAAGAAGAUAUGGUUAUAUGGAGCAAAUGAAAGGAUAAUCGUUAUCAGCAACAGCAAGAAGCAUACGUCAGAAGCCAGCAAGAUCAAGCUCAGAGAAUUCAUUAGCUCUAUUACCGACAACAAAAUACAAGCCACAGAAGUCACACAUUCUUAUCUAUGUGAGUUUCUUAGUCACAAAGGAAACCACGCAUGUGAAUACUGUCUGGCCACAUCUCCAGAUAAUGGGUCCCGUGCCAGCAAUAAUUGGGGACCAGAAGGAACGUUGAACCUCAUGGACGACUAGCAGAAAUGCAUUUAUGCAUACAGCAAAGACUUUAUGAGUUAGGUUGUCCCAAGGGUGUCCUGUAAGGCUAUAUAAGCCAAGUUAUGUUUCAUUUGUAACCACGCUUGUCAAAAACCAUCUACUCUAAGAUAAGCUUUGUAUCCUAAGUAUGAGUGAAUAAACUCUCUUCGUCCAAAGGGAGUAGAGUCAUGAAUCUUUGAGGAUUAUACCUCGAGAAUCAAGUUUGUUAUGUGUGUCAACCUAUUAUCAGUGCAAUAAAGAAGUCAUACUUCCUAAA